AUGGGCACUGGUGUCUCGACGGAAUGCUCCCCACUCGUAAAGACCUCGUCGGGUCCUGUUCGUGGGCGCCAAUAUUUGCUACAUGAUGGCAGAGCCGUUGAUAUGUAUAUGGGAAUUCCAUACGCUGAACCACCUGUUGGAAAUCUCAGAUACAAGAAACCACAACCGGUGAAGCCGUGGACAGAGGUCCUGUGCUGUACACAUUUCGGACCGAGAAGUCCCCAAACAGAUGAAUACUUUGCUCAGGUGGGAUGA